AUGAAUGGGCAGAACAAGUCAGUAACAUCCUUGGAAAUGUCCUACGAGGCUACGCCGAGGCAUUCGGUUGUGCGCGAUGCCUGUGGAAAAGCAAAAUUGAAUCCAGCGCGAGAAAGACGACAUUAUUCACAUAUCAUAUACAUUUACUACAUGUUGCUCAGCAAGAUGGAAUAUAGGUAUCUCAGUUUGGUCGCGGGAUGA